UGCAUUAUUUUUCGUUUAUUUUUUAAUCAUUCGCUUUCUCCAUCGCUUGGGGUUUUUGUGGACUGGGAGGCGUCGGCCGAGCUCUGUGGUCUUCGUUCGCUCUCCUUUUCACCCUCGAUUCCUUUAUAUCUCUCCUUCUACAAAUCCUACAAAGAAAGAGAGAGAUCCAAAGAGAGAUCGAGAGAGAAAAAAAGUGUGUUUUUUUCGAAGCUUUUUUCUUCCCUUUUUUCAGAGCAGGAGGGAAGAGAAAGUUUUGAUUGCUUCCUUUUUUUUUUCCUACUUUGAUUCGAUCCUUUAGCUUGUUUCCAAAAAACGCUUCUUUCCUUAGCGAGAGUUCGGGCUGUUUGUAGUCUAUUUAUUGGGGGAGAGGCGGUCUUGGUGCUCUAUUUGGGUUCUCUUUCGUCUUGCCGACGGAAGAGGACGAGUGGAUGCGGCGUGGAAGUUUUCAGGUGGAGGAAAGUAAUUGAUGUGAGAGCGAUGGGGUUCCCGAGCGGGAGGGAUGAUCGGGAUCUGGAUCGGAUGGUGGCGGACAGCGUGGCGGCGGGGAAUCGGACGGCGGCGGAGGCGAAGGUUCACGAAGGCGCCGGGAGCGGAUACCUUCAGAAGUUUAGGCUUUAUGAGACUAGAUCGAAAUUUUAUAUGAUUGGAAGAGACAAGAGUAGAAGGCUGUGGAGAGUGCUAACAAUUGAUCGAUUGGAGCCUUAUGAGUUGAACAUCCGUGAGGACCCUACUGUGUACUCGGAAAUCGAAUGCAUUGACUUGUUGCAGCGCAUACAUGAUGGGAACAGGUCGACUGGGGGAUUAAAAUUUGUCACUAAAUGUUAUGGAAUUGUUGGGUUUGUCAAGUUCCUAGGGCCUUACUACAUGUUGCUCAUUACCAGGAGGAGGAAAAUUGGUACUAUAUGUGGCCAUGCAGUUUAUGCUGUCUCGAAAAGCAAAAUGAUUUCGCUUCCACAUUCUACUGUGCGGCCCAAUAUGGCUUAUUCUAAGGAUGAGAACAGAUACAAGAGGCUCCUAUGCACAGUAGAUCUCACAAAGGACUUCUUCUUCAGUUACUCAUACAACAUCAUGCAUAGUCUUCAAAAGAAUGCAUGCAAUGGGGAGACAGGGCAGGUUAUUUAUGAAACAAUGUUUGUCUGGAAUGAAUUCUUGACACGCGGGAUUCGGAAUCACCUCAAGAACACACUGUGGACGGUUGCAUUGGUCUAUGGAUUUUUUAAUCAGGCUAAACUCUCGAUCUCCGGGAAGGAUUUCAGAUUAACACUCAUUGCCAGGCGCUCACGCCAUUUUGCAGGAACCAGGUUUCUAAAGCGUGGUGUUAACGAAAAGGGCAGAGUAGCCAAUGAUGUUGAGACAGAACAGAUUGUGUUUGAAGAUAUGCCUGGAGAGCUUCCUACACAGAUAACCUCUGUCAUACAAAACAGAGGUUCCAUACCCCUGUUUUGGUCCCAAGAAACUUCACGACUGAAUAUUAGGCCUGAUAUCAUCUUGCAUAAGAAGGACCAGAACUACGAAGCUACGAGGCUUCACUUUGACAAUCUUGUAAAGAGAUAUGGGAAUCCGAUAAUUAUUUUGAACUUGAUUAAGACACGUGAGAAGAAGCCUCGAGAGUCUCUGCUCCGUGCAGAAUUUGCACAUUCAAUUGAUCAUAUAAAUAAAGAUUUACCGGAGGAAAGUCGUUUGAGAUUCUUACAUUGGGAUCUUCAAAAACACUCCCGAAGAAAGGGUACGAAUGUGCUGGCAUUAUUGGGCCAAGUGGCUGCAUAUGCAUUGGAUCUAACUGGCUUCUUUUAUUGUCAACUAAAGCCAGGUUUAACAGGUUCUCUAAAAGGGCCAAUUAUUAUGAAAGAUAAUGCGGGUGACAGUCCAUGCAGUAAUUAUGACAGCAGCACAGAAGAUGUUAAUUCUGCAAAUGGUUCUGUAGAAGAUAAAACAGAGAACUCUGAUAUCUCUGGAAGAGAAUGUCCUGCAGAUAAAUCUAAAGGGGAUGGAAGCUGUUUGGUCAAACCACCUUUGUUUCAAAAAGGUGUCCUCAGGACAAAUUGUAUAGACUGCUUGGAUCGCACAAACGUUGCCCAAUAUGCCUAUGGUUUAGCUGCUCUUGGGCAUCAGCUUCAUGCCCUGGGCUUUAUAGACGUCCCUAAAGUUGAUCUAGAUGCCCCUUUGGCUGCUGAUCUGAUGGUCUUCUAUGAGAGGAUGGGCGAUACCCUUGCUAUACAAUAUGGUGGAUCUGCUGCCCACAACAAGAUAUUCUCUGAGACAAGAGGCCAAUGGAAAGCAGCAACCCAGUCUCAGGAGUUACUCAGGACUCUUCAACGAUACUAUAACAACGCGUACAUGGAUGCUGAAAAACAGGAUGCUAUAAAUGUGUUCCUGGGGCACUUCCAACCCCACCAAGGCAAACCAGCACUUUGGGAACUGGAUUCCGAUCAGCAUUACAAUAUUGGCAGGCAUGGUCAUGCCUUUGCUGAUGAAAAUGCGAGGUCAUUUAUCAAAAGAUCCCUAUCAGAUGGCAAUAUCCUAUGUGAAGGUAGCACGCCUGUAUCUAGCUGCACUGUUGAACAAAAAGAACUGCUGAACUCAGCAUUGCCUCCAAGAAUGAACCAGCAGGGAGGCGCCAAAGGUCUUUGUGAUUCCACACCAGAAAUUUCAACUUGCGAAAGCGAUGUGUCAUAUUCUAGGUACACGCCAGUUAUGUCUUGCAAGCUGUUUUUUGCAGAUGGAGAACAUAGUUAUUUUACUGAACAUAGAUUUGAUGAAUCAAACUGUUCAAAUUUUCUGGACCUUGAUUGGCUAUCAUCAUCUGGGAAUUCAUGUGAGGAGGAAACCUUUGAAAGGUCCUCGCUUAUCAACUCACCUAUUGAGAAUCUUUCUACGGAAAAUGUCAUGAUUAACAUGAAUGCUGAAACUAGUGAGGAAGGGUCUGGCAAUAAGGGAAAAGAAGAAACAAGUAGAGCACUGCUCUCUGAUGCGGCUGAAAUUUCCGGCAUUCCUGAUGACUUCUCUGAACGAUUUGCACAAUGGGUGGCCCAUGGGGGAACUCUUUGUUAUUGAUGUAAAGAUACGAAGACAUCCACUCAUUGAUCUGCCCUUCAGUUUCAAGGGUGCUUCAGCUUGAUGAGGAUUGAACAAUGGAGAGAGAGAGAGAGAGAGAUCGCUGAUAUAUAUGACCUUCAACUCUGAUGAUGGUCCAGCCAUGCAAGGAUUCAAGGAUGGAGGGAGAAAGAAAUCGGGAAGCAAGGACAAGAAGAGUUGUGGCAUUCACUUGUACAUCGAUGUCAUCCAUCAGGACGACCUGCAAUGGGAUGUCUGGUCACAUUCUUCAGGACCACCUGCAAUUGGAUCGGUCACGGCGGAUAAGUAGUGUUUAUAGUUUGAUAGUUCGCAGGCAAAUAGUCAAUUUUUUCAGACCCAAGCUCCAUUCGGCAAAGAUCUCUGUUCUUUUGUAAAUAUAAACAUAAAACAAUUUUUUUUAGGCAGCAAUUUUGUCAAUUUGUGUUUGCUUAUUUGGCCAAGUCCUCUGGCAGGCGCAUCUUGUGUAUCAAUUGUGCUGUCUUUGCAAACAAGUGACCAUUUAUUUGGUAAUUUUUUGUAGUAAUCUUUUUAGUGCCCACUUGUGGACUCCAGGGCUGUUGGUCAGUAUUAUGUACUUAACUCAUCCAACUUGGCUGUAAGUGGGAAAUGCGGCAGAAACUAUUCUUUACGAGGCUUCA